AACUCACAAACAUGUAAAGGGAGCUUUUUUCUUUUUUUCCAUCUCUUGAAGUCCAAACAGUGCCCAAAAUGGGGAGGCGGCCUCUCUUCUACCCUUCCUUUCUUUCUCUUCUGAUCGUCUUCCUCAAUGCGACCGCGACGGCUGUUCCGCUGUACACCAGUUCGCGGUGGGUGGAGGAGGAGGGGGGGAGGAGGGUGAAGCUGGCGUGUGUGAACUGGCCGGCGCAUCUGGAGGCGGCGGUGGCGGAGGGGCUGAGCAAGCGGCCCGUGGACGCCAUCUCAGGUCGGAUUAAGGCCAUGGGGUUCAACUGCGCCAGGCUCACUUGGCCACUCUUCGUUGCCACCAAUAAUUCUUUGGCGACCAUGACUGUUCGGCAGUCACUGAUGAGCCUUGGGCUCGUGGAGACCAUAGCUGGUUUCCAAGCCAACAACCCUUCAUUCAUUGACAUCUCCCUCAUUAACGCUUUCCAGGCAGUGGUAUCUAGCCUGGCAAACGACAAUGUAAUGGUGAUAUUAGACAAUCACAUAAGCAAGCCGGGGUGGUGCUGCAGCAACGAUGACGGUAAUGGCUUCUUUGGGGACCCAUUCUUUGACCUUGAUGAUUGGCUCGCCGGCCUCACUCGGAUGGCCACCCUCUUCAAGAACACCCGCUAUGUGGUUGCCAUGAGCUUGAGAAACGAGCUGCGUGGCCCUCGGCAAAAUACCAAUGACUGGUACAGGUACAUGCAGAGAGGGGCUGAAGCAGUACACAAAGCGAACCCAAAUGUUUUGGUCAUACUCUCUGGGCUAAGUUUCAACACGGACUUGUCUUUCAUCAAGGAGCAAGACGUGAACUUGUCAUUUUCUAGAAAACAAAUGUUUGAAUUUCACUGGUACAGCUUUUCAUUUGGGAAUUACUUUGCCAGUGAGAGCGCAAACCAGGCGUGCGGGAGAGCGGUGCACACGGUGAGGAGUAGGGGAGGAUUCCUUCUGGACAAGGGGUGGCCCUUGUUCGUGAGUGAGUUUGGGGGUGACCUAACAGGGAGGAGUCUCGGUGACAAUUUUUUCUUGGCCUGCUUCUUUGGGUUGGCAGCGGAGCUUGACUUUGAAUGGGCCUUGUGGACCUUUGGUGGGAGUUACUAUUUAAGACAAGGGGCAAUUGGGAAGGAAGAGACUUAUGGAUUGUUGGAUUGGAGUUGGUGUGGCACCCGAAAUGAAACUUUCUUCGAGAGGAUCAAUACCAUUCAGUGUCCUUUUCGAGGGCCAGGACUAUCGGAGGCUAGCCCACAUCUGAUACUUUUCCAUGCAUCAACAAGUCUAUGCGUGGUGAGGAACUCAACCCGAGGGCCACUGGUGCUAGGCCCCUGCCACCAGUCCGACGCCUGGACCUACACGCCCCAACGCUUCUUAACAAUUGAAGGAACAAAUUUCUGCCUACAGCCAGCGGAUGAAGUGGGGGAAGCAGCAAAGCUUGGGACAAACUGCACAAACUCAUUAGCGUCUUCAUCAAAGUGGAACUUCAUCUCCGACUCCAUGAUGCACCUCUCCUCCAAACUCACAGACGGCGCUGCGGUUUGCCUCGACGUGGACUCCGCCGGCAGCGCCGGAAAAGGCUCCCCCAUUGUCACCACCGCCUGCAAAUGCUUGGGUGGGGAUAGGGAGUGCGACCCCACCAGCCAGUGGUUCAAACUUGUUAAUGCCACCGGAAGCAACCCUUGCUAAAUUUAUACACUUUGGAGAACUGGCUCUUGCAGUUUUUUUUUUCGAUGGAGAGUAGAAAUUCUUUGCGAUUGCUGGUUCAGUUCUUGAGUUUAGGACUAUAUAUAUAUUAAUUUUGCAUUAAGAACGAAUUUGUAACUUCUUGAGUUUAAAAUUGAAUGAAUUUUGGACAAGAUUAAUUCUCA